AUGACAGAUAGACGAAAUAAUAAACAAGCUGAUAAAUGGAUAGAUAUAUUAGGCUUAAAACCGCACCCAGAAGGCGGAUUUUAUUCUGAAACAUAUCGUAGUAAUGAUGAAUGUAUACUUGAACGUUAUAAUAAUCAAACUCGUUCAUGUUCAACAUCAAUUUAUUAUUUACUUAAAUUACCUGAAUCACCAAUAAGUUAUUUUCAUCGUAUAAAAGCUGAUGAAAUGUGGCAUUUUUAUCAAGGUUUACCAUUAAUUAUACAUGUAUUAGAUGAAGAAAAUUCGUCACAUACUGAAUAUACAUUAGGUCAAGAUUUAAGUAUUAACAAAAAUAUUCGACCACAAAUUCUUGUUCCUUAUGGAAAAUGGUUUGCAGCUGAAUUAAUCAAAACAAAUAGUGAAGAUUCAAAUGAUAAUUUUACUUUAUGUGGAUGUACUUGUACACCAGGAUUUGAUUAUCAAGAUUUUGAAUGUGCAAAAAGAUCAUAUUUAAUUGAAAAAUUUUCAAAUUUAAAAGAUUUAAUUAUUCGUUUGACACCAUCAGAAUAA